CACGACCACCACAAUACCCGUACACCACGCAUCCCGCCCGACGCUCUUUUUCUCCAAUUGCCGGUGCUUCUUCUCGCCGUUACAGCAACGGGAUCGUGACUUAAUCCUCUACCCAUAAUUAUCUCCCAGUUUCGUGUUUCGCCCAGCUGAAGAUGGCCCCUGCCACUACUGAGAGCGCCUCACCGAUUGGCAUUGCCAAUCUGCCCAACCAGCGACACAAGAUUGUUGCUAAGAGAGGCGCUGCUUUUACUAUUAUGGUUGCUGGCGAGUCCGGCCUCGGCAAGACCACCUUCAUCAACACGUUGUUCUCCACGACCAUCAAGAACUAUGCCGACCACAAGAGGCGCCACCAGAAGCAGGUCGACAAGACCGUCGAGAUCGAAAUCACAAAGGCUGAGCUCGAGGAGAAGUUCUUCAAGGUUCGCCUGACUGUUAUCGACACCCCCGGCUUUGGUGACUACGUCAACAACCGCGACUCGUGGAUGCCCAUUAUCGAAUUCCUCGACGACCAGCACGAGUCCUACAUGCUCCAGGAGCAACAACCCCGCCGUCAGGACAAGAUUGAUCUCCGUGUCCACGCCUGCUUGUACUUCAUCCGCCCCACCGGCCACACGCUUAAGCCCCUAGAUAUCGAGGUCAUGAAGAGACUCUGCUCUCGCGUCAACCUCAUUCCCGUUAUUGCCAAGGCCGACACUCUCAGCCCUGCCGACCUGGCGAGGUUCAAGUCCAGGAUCCGUGCCGUCAUCGAAGCUCAGGGUAUCAAGAUCUACCAGCCACCUAUUGAGGAGGAUGACGAGGCUGCCGCACAACACGCACGCAGCUUGAUGGCCGCUAUGCCCUUUGCCGUUAUCGGCUCCGAGAAGGAUGUUAAGACCAGCGAUGGACGUAUUGUCAAGGGCCGUCAAUACUCGUGGGGUGUGGCCGAGGUCGAGAACGAGGAACAUUGCGACUUCAAGAAGCUCCGUUCGAUUCUUAUCCGCACCCACAUGCUGGACCUUAUCCACACAACAGAGGAGCUGCACUACGAGGCUUACCGCGCCCAGCAAAUGGAGACACGCAAGUUCGGCGAGGCUCGCCCAAGGAAGCUCGACAACCCCAAGUUCAAGGAGGAGGAGGAGGCUCUCCGCAAGCGCUUCACAGAACAGGUCAAGAUCGAGGAGCAGCGUUUCAGGCAGUGGGAGCAAAAGCUCAUUGCCGAGCGCGACCGUCUCAACAAGGACCUCGAACAGACCCACGCCCAGAUCAAGUCCCUCGAGAUGGAGCUCGAGUCUCUGCAGGGAAAUGCCGUCCGCAGCCACGGUCGCCGCUAAGCGGUUAUCACGACUUUUGCGGUAUCCUCUACAAGGGUGACCACCGUCUCCCGUUCUAUCGAGCAUUAAUGUACCUGCGCCUCGAUUUUUUUCGACAUGUUUACGUGAAGACGAGCUGGGCGACUUACAUACCUUGAAAGACGAUGUUCAUGGAUAUGCUGCGGUUUGGUAGGAUGGCGCGGUCAUCAAUCGAGGCUUGUUAUAGAAGGGGAGGCUCCUCAUGUUUUUAUACACUUGCCCGGGUUUCCCUCAUCUUCCACAGACCCUUUCUGCAUAGCCCGAAUCGCGCAGGGAGGCCCAGGAGAUGGGGAUAAAAAGUUACAGAUAUUUGGAAGAUUUCGAGCGGCAACUGACAUUUUACCACACCCUUUACACUUAACUUUACCCCAUCACGCCA